AUGCCUAAUAUCCUUGAAAAUCGCAUGGCUUUGCAGUUUCGGAUAUUCUCCUUGAUUCGGUCUGGCGCUGAUGUUCUUGGCGGUCAAUUCAUCUGCCACCACCAGCAUGGGCACGUUCUCAUUCGGUUCAGCCGCAUCGACCAACCUACCUUGAGCUAUCACAUUGAACACCCACCCCCGCAUGAGACGGGUAGCCUUGAGAUCAUGUUCACCGAGGAGCUGGGUCACCUCCUCGGCGGCAAUGUCGACCACGGUCUGGGUUGUAGAUGCUCGCGGGGAACGUACCGUGGUUCUGUUGCCGGUGCGGAGUUCGGCAGGUCUGGCCAACGUCAGCUGCGCAAGCCCUGUCAGCCCUAG